CUCUGAUUAUGAUGAAACCAACGGCACUCUCUCUCUCUACUUUACUUUUCUCCUUCACCCCCACGCAAAACUCACGUUCACUUUCAACAGAUUAUUACCAAGAUUUCCAAAACCCACCCAUAUAAUUCUUCAGCUGAACAGCUGAAUCUAACUUCUUGGCCUUCCAUAGAAUGGAAAUAGCUGUAAUCGACUGGAAAAACUUAGAUUCAAGAUUUGUGAAGGACGACAGCCUCGAGCACUUCAAAGCUCCGCAAUGGGUGGAUCUCUCCGCCCCAGACGACUCCGUCGACGACGAAGCUUGGUUCUGCCGACCCGAUUGCAACCAUCCCAAGACUGUUGAUGACUUCUACAGAGCUGGAGCAACCCCACCUUCAAAGCUUCAGAGAUCAGCCACUGUUUCUGAGAAUCACCUUAUGAGAGAGCGAAUUCGAAGGGGGAAAGCUCUUCAGACAACUGGGGUGAUUUCUGAAGACAGUGAGAAUAAAAAUCCCAACUUGAGGACCCCACCAAGAUUCAAAGCCAAGCUUACUAUGAAAGAUGCAAUCAAGUCAAGUGAGGAGAAGAAGAAGAAGACCCCUGCUGUUCAAAAGGAACCGACACCGAGGUUGAGAAGCACUCAGUCUGCAAGGAAUCUGUUUUCUGGUGUGGAUUUGCUCAACAAGGUCUCUGAGUUCUGUAAUGAGUUGAAGAAAUUGACAAUAAGGGGUACUUCGGAGAAAGAGAGGGUUGGGAACAAUAAUGUGGAAAGGACUCCAUUGAUGGAGAAAGAGAAGGGGGAGGUACCAUUCCAGGAGAAACCAACAAGUAUAAAGAAAGAUGACACUCCAACGGCUAAAAACAUUCUCAAAGAAAAGCAAAGAAAGAAGCUUCAGAGAAGUGAAAAUGCAGAAAACACCCCAAUCACCAUUGAUGUGAAGAACAGCACGCGGGGUGGAGACGAUGAUAUCUUGUCACAAAUCCGGACUUACCCUCCAACUCCUCAAUGUUUCUCGGAGAGCCGUGGCGGGCCCACCAAAGCUACCCCACCCAGGAGUGCUAGCUCUAGGCCUACUCAGGAGAGAGGAGUUCUCCAAGAGUUGGGGAAACAAAGCAGCAGCAUGAUGGAUUACAGAAAGGAGAAAUCUGUAAAUAAAAUUAACCCAAGGGGAGAAGGAGCAGCAGCAUCUUCUACAGUCACUGAAAAUGAAGCAAGAGGAUUAGAUGUCUUCUGGUUCUUAAAGCCUUGCACGCUUUCCACCUAAACCCAAUAAUACCAUACCAAAAUAUCAAUUAGUUGGCAUUAAUUCUAUUUGUAAUAUUUAAUUCAUUCUUUUAUUCUUUUGUUUACUCUACACAAAUUAAAUCUUGAUGAACGAUGGCACAGUUAGAAUUAUAUGUACUGUUUAUAUUCAGUUAAGAUAUACUCCUUGUUUAAUUAUACUUAAAAAUUCUAAUAUGUAAUGUAAUUAACUAAUUAUUAUCGUUUCCGUAAAUUAGUGUUUCAGAGGGAGGUUUUCCG